CGCUGUCUGGCCGUUUCAGUGCGAAUCGAAGCAUCAAAGGUGUUAGGUGUUUGUGCGGUCUUUCAUUUCACGUCGUUCGUUCGUAUUUAUUUGGCGCAUAUUUUGACGUCAGCAAAAGUAACAGCGUCUCUGAUUAUUGUGUGGAUUCUUUUUGGACUUGCUUUCUGGACAGAUUGUGCUGAAAUAUGGGCGUGACACGCCUUAGUCUCAUGCUGCUGCUGGCGGCGCUGCUGCAGCUCAGUCAAGUGGAUGCUUACUCCAAGUAUGGACGCGGCUGCGGCGACAUCGGUUGCCUGCCCAACGAGGAGUGCGUGAUCACCAGCGACUCGUGCAGCUACAAUCAACGCGAUGGCAAGGAUUGCGGCAGUUAUCCGACUUGCAAACGCAAGAGCGGCGGCUCCUCCAGUGGCAACACCCACCAGGCGAAUCCCUCGUCCCCAUCGUCUGCGGUUAAUCCCUCAGGAUCCAGCUUGAAUACGGGACCUGAGAAUAACAUAUUUGCGCCCGCAUCAUCGAAUCCCACACUUAACACCUACACAUACUUCAGUCACAACAGCAAUAACAAUAACAAUGGCCAUCAUCAGAAUGGGGGACAAUCGUCGGGUGGCAACAACGGCGGCUCCUCAUCGAUGGGCGGCCAAGGCGGUCAAGGUGGCCAACAGAAUGGCGGCCAAGGGUCGCAGAAGGGAUCGCAAGGUGGCGACGCGGGGGGACUGGGCAACAGCGGGGCUGCGGGUGCCUCGGCAACGGGCAUCGAUCCGCAUUAUGUGUUUGGGGCCAAGCAUCACAUGCCCAUCAUCCCUAAUAUGCCCAUCUUUCCAUACAAUUCACCCACGCAAGCGCCAUCGUUUCAACAGUUUCCCCAACCCAAUCAUCCAGGUAGCGUCCUCAAUCCCGGAUAUCCCAUGCAUGGCCUGCAGCCGGUGAAUCCCUACAAUCCACCGUUCGUAUUUGGUCAGCUGCCCUUCUACUCGGGCCCCGCCGGCACUGGCGGCCCCCCAGGCGGCGGUGGCGUCGGCGGUGGCGGUGCCAAUGUUGGCAUCGGGGCCGGCGUCGGUCUCCCAAGCUCGAGUAUGGGCAUCUUGGGUGGCGGCGGCGGCGGUCUGGCGCCAUAUGGCAGCAACUAUCAGGGCUAUCAGACCCAUCACACCAAUGCGAACAUGUACAAUAAGCCGCCGCCUCAGUAUCAGAACCAGAAUCAACAGAAUCCCUACAAUCGCCAGACCCAGGCGCAUCCCUCGGCAGCGGGUCGUCUCAGCGAUGCUCCACAAUUCGGACUGAUCACGCUGUUCGCUGUGCUCCUGCUGCUGUUAAAUAGAAUUCAUAACAACAACAACAAUAUCUACGAGAACAUUGUCAGCAUCGGCAGCACGUAAUAAGAUGCAAGCGACAGCAGCAGACGAUCCACAUUUGAUCAAUCAAAUUCUGCAACGCAAAACACGACGACGAUCAAUAUUAUGUGCAAACAAAAAAGAGAAAACAGCAACAAAACAACAGAAGAAUCCCAUUGCUUUGCUUUUCAGUUGUAUUAUCCCACAAUCCUUACACUACUUUUUUUUUUGGUUUACGGGCAUUAGUUUAAGUUACAAUUAAGGGCAUACAGUGCAGCAAACAGAAACAACAGCAGCAACAAGCAAUAAUGAAUGUAAUUAACAUGUGAAAUGCGCAAAAGCUGGCAUCUAUGGCGUAAAAGCCGACGACUAUGACACUCAAUCUUACUCUUCUAAACGUGCAAGUACAAGCUGACUGCUAUGUCACUCAAUCUUACUCUUCUAAACGUGCAAGUACAAGCUGACUGCUAUGUCACUCAAUCUUAGACUGGUAGCUAUGACACUUAAUUAUACUCUCUUAAACAUGCAAGUGCAAGCUGAUUGCUAUGUCACUCAAUUGUACUCUUCUAAACGUGCAAGUACAAACUGACUGCAAUGUCACUCAAUCUUACUCUUCUAAACAUGCAAGUACAAGCUGACUGCUAUGUCACUCAAUCUUACUCUUCUAAACAUGCAAGUGCAAGCUGACUGAUAUGUCACUCAAUCUUACUCUGUUGCGCAAGUGCAGACUGACCGAUAAUUUUACUCUUCUAAACAUGCAAGUGCAAGCUGGCUGCUAUGACACUCACUCGUACUCUUUUAAACCCACAAGUGCAAGCUGGCUAUGUAGUCCCUCAACUUUUCUAAGCAUGCACGUGCAGGUUGGCAACUAUGACACUCACUUUUAAUCUUCUACAAGUGUAAGUGAAAGCUGGCAGCUAUGACACUCACACUACACUUCCCUGAUUCUGAAGCAUCUACUGAAGUAAUUCGAAGCUGACAGCUAUGCUAUUUCCUUGUCGUGCGCGUGCAACUGCAAGCUGACUGCUAUGACAGUCGAGUCGAGGAGUAAUUGGAUAUAUUUAAAUAAGCAACAUAAUGUAGCAAGUUAAAACUGCAAGUGGAUACAAUAUAUUGUGUGUACAAGUAUUUUGCUGCAUUUCUUUAGCACAUUCUUUGCCUGCCACACACACACACACACGCACACACAUACACACAUACAGAUGAGGAGUGCUUAUACGUAAUUUCAAUUUAAUAUUGUGCUCGCUUUGUGCCAGUCUUUAUCUCUCUGUUCAUGUGUGUGUGUGUGUGUGUGUAUAUUAGUUCAUUUGUGUGGUCUAACUAUCAGUCUGUCUGUCCGUCCGUCCAUCCGUCUGUCCAUUCGUCUGUCCGUUUGGCUGUGUCAAAAGCUUCUUUCUGGCUGCACUUCUCUCUCAUUCUGUUUUUUGCAGCUCAAUUAAAUUGGAAUUUAAUUUCGGGCUUAGUCCAGUGCCUCGACCAGCCGCAGACCUUGGUCCAGGCAGACACACACACACUCUCUCUCGCACACACACACACAUAUAGAUGGUCAGUUGUGUGCAUGUCCUGGUUAGAUAACAGCUUUGAUGUUGAUGUUAAUUUCAUUUUUGUUGAUGUUGAUGCUACGAAUUUUGUGGUAAACUCAACGCAAGCAUUUCGGGGCUAUCAUUGCCCCGUUGUUGUUGCUGUUACUGUUGCUGUUGCUGAUGGCCUAUUCAGAGUUGUUGUAGAUACAAAUACGAAUACACACGCAUGUCAAUCAAAGUGCAUAACAAGUUGCUUUUUAGACUGCAGCAAAUUGAAAAAACCAAAUCAAAAAAACAAAAAAAAAAAACAGAAUAUUUAGAAAAGUGAGCUGUGCACAAAGUGCACAACUAAACAUAAUAAUAACUAAAGUAUAAAUGUGUUUUUUUUUACAUAAAUAUAUACAUAUAUAUUAAAUACACACACAUACAUAUAUAUACAACGAUGUGUAUCUAAACUAACGAAAGGAAAGUAGAGUUAAGAGAGCGAAUUGAAUGGAAAUCAACAACAACAAGAACAACUCGCUUUCAGGCAAACAAUGAAAACAAAAUACCUAAAUGAAAACCAAAUAAAACUAUACACAAUUGUAUAAACGAAACUUGAGCAAAAACUGCCAGCAAAAAACAGAAGAAAAAACAAAAAAAAAACGAGAAAACAUGGAUUCAACACAACAGAAGAUGAACAAUGAGAUCUAACUACGAAACAUAUUCAAAAGCCAAAAGUGUCAAUAAAUAAACUCGAAUCAAAUCGCAUUCAUUCAACAAUAGCAACAAAAAACAUUUGCAACAUGCAACAUAUUGCAUGCCACACACACACACAGACAAACAUACACAAACACGAUACAAAAAGCAGUUAAUUAUUAUAUUUUUUGCCGUUCGACAACAGCCACUGGAAAUAUUAGAAAACAUAUUCGAUAUUGUUUGUUGUUCCAUUGUUCCAUUGUUUUUUUUUGUUGCUUGUUCAAUUCGUUUAUUAAAUAAAACAUUUUAUGAGAACAAUAGCUUAAACUGGCUUUUGUUACAGGGUAUCUGCUAGUCGAUCAAUUUCGACAUGUUUAUUUUACUAUUAUUUCGAUGUAUUCGUAUUAUUUGUGACAUGAAUUUAUUAACGCAUAAAUAAAUGAACUUUAAACAGUGGGAAAAGAAAAAGAAAAAAAAACAUGAACAACCGAAGAUAUUUACUCCGUCCGACAUCGAAUACUGUUGUUGUUAUUAUUUUUUGUCGAUAUUUAUUUAUUGAAUAAAGCGCUAUUCCCAGAUGAGCAAAAUCUUGAAUACAAUAUUUCGCAAGUUCGACAAAUUUUAGAGUGACCGUUUUUUGGCAGCAUUUAUGAAUCUAAAUUUGGCAUGGUAAAAUGGUAAAAAAAAUAACAAUGUAUGACCACACCAUAACAUAAAUUAAUGCUAUUUCUCUACAAGAGAAAAUCCCUUUGAAGUUUUUUUUUUAAAUUAUCCUUUUUGAUGCUUCUCUUUACUUACCGAUAUGAGUUCGGAAUAAUAGAUUGAAACGCUUCAAAGAUUUUUGUUCUGGGAACUGCGAAUCGAAAAGACGCCGUUAAAGUUAUGAACGGCCGAAAAAAAAACCAUCUGGGAACAGUGCUUAACACUGGAAAACUUACACACACUCACACUCACAUGCAUACUCACACAGUCACAGCAUCACUUUGAAUGAAACCCAACUAAAACUGCCAUGAACAGUAUUAAAGAACUAACUAAAGCAUUUUUAUCGAAUAUACUUUAAUCGAAAAGAACCCGAAAUAAAUACAUACAUAUACAGCAAUCCCCGAUGUGCAUGCUAGCAAAUAAUCUUAGUGGUAUUCAAUAUAUACAUAUAUAUAUAUAUAUGUUAUAUAUACAUAUAUAUAUAUUCAAUCUCUCAGACACACACUCUUAACUCUGAUGAUAACUUUGGCGUUGUAAAUAGCAUUGGCAUUUAUAAGAGUAUAUAAUACAUAUAUACAAAUAUAUAUACCGAAAAAUAUAUACUUGAUAUACUUAACAUUACUGAUAUACUUAUAUAGUUAUAAACAUUUCAACAAAAAUAUUACAAAAAACCGAAAAAAAAAACAAAUUUACUAAUCGAAAAAAACGGCAGAGAAGACUUAUAAGAACUAAGCGAUACAAAAAAAAAAAAAAAACAAAAACAAAACAAAAAACGAAACAAAAUCAAACUCAAA